CAUUUUGGCUUUCAGUCAAUCGACUCCAUCAUUUCGACCGUCUUUGUACUCAAGAGUAAUGCUCCCCAGUCCCCAUGUGCGCUUCCAAUUAGGAGUACAAGACAAUUCCUGAGAACCCACAAAGUCGCGGGAAAUGAUGGAAUCAGGGAAAGGGAGAAGAUUCUCGAGAACCAAACAGAAGGUGGACUUGGAGGCAGUCUUGCGGAAAUCAUGGUACCAUUUGAGGUUGUCGGUGCGGCACCCAGCCAGGGUCCCUACCUGGGACGCCAUUGUGCUUACGGCCGCUAGUCCUGAGCAAGCUCAGCUCUACGAAUGGCAGCUCAAGCGGGCCAAGCGCAUGGGCCGGAUCGCUCCAUCCACUGUCACGCUAGCCGUGCCUGACCCCGAAGGUCAGCGGAUCGGCUCUGGUGCCGCCACGCUCAAUGCUAUUUACGCGCUCGCAGAGCAGUAUCAGAAGCUCGGUAUCGAUCUUGGCCAACAGGUAAAAAUUGCAGAUGGCAGCAAUUCUGGAUCUUCUGGCCCUCAUGAGAGGUCCAACAGUGAAUUUCCUCCCUUGUCAAUGGUUAAUUUCAUGGCUCAACGGCAUAUACUAUUGCUUCAUGCUGGGGGUGACUCUAAAAGGGUCCCAUGGGCAAACCCUAUGGGAAAAGUUUUUCUGCCACUUCCAUACUUGGCAGCAGAUGAUCCUGAUGGGCCAGUGCCGCUACUUUUUGACCAUAUACUUGCAAUAGCUUCUUGUGCAAGACAAGCUUUUAAAAAUGAAGGUGGAAUAUUCAUUAUGACAGGGGAUGUCCUUCCAUGUUUUGAUGCCUCAAACAUGGUUCUACCUGAGGACGCUUCCUGCAUCAUCACUGUUCCGAUUACUCUUGAUGUUGCUUCCAACCAUGGUGUUGUUGUGGCAUCUAAAAGUGGGACCCUUUCUGGAAAUCACGCAAUCAGUUUAGUUGAUAAUCUACUUCAAAAACCUGGUAUCGAGGAGCUCAUUAAAAAUAAAGCAAUUCUGGCUGAUGGCAGAACAUUGCUUGACACUGGAAUAAUAGCAGCCAGAGGCAAAGCGUGGGUAGAGCUUGCCGCAGUUGCAUGUUCAUGCCAACCAAUGAUCUUAGAGAUUUUGAACAGCGGAAAAGAGGUGAGUUUGUAUGAGGAUUUGGUGGCAGCUUGGGUUCCUGCAAGACAUGACUGGUUGCGACAACGCCAUAUGGGCAUAGAGCUAGUCAACAGAUUGGGGAAGCAGAGGAUGUUUAGCCUUUGUGCUUAUGAUUUAUUAUUCUUGCAUUUUGGAACCUCAAGUGAAGUGUUAGAUCACCUAAGUGGAGCUGGCUCAGGCCUGGUGGGACGAAGACACUUGUGUUCCAUCCCAGCAACUGAUGUAUCUGACAUUGCAGCAUCUGCCGUUGUUCUUUCUAGCAAAAUUGCCCCUGGUGUCUCUGUUGGAGAAGAUUCCCUGAUAUAUGAUUCAUCAAUCUCAUGUGGAAUCCAGAUUGGUUCCCAGUCAAUAGUUGUUGGUAUGAACAUCCCAGAAGACUAUGGUGGAACAACUGAAGAUUCAUUUAGGUUCAUGCUUCCAGAUCGCCAUUGUCUUUGGGAGGUUCCCUUAGUAGAGUGCACCAACAGAGUAAUAGUAUACUGUGGCCUCCAUGACAACCCAAAAUAUUCACUUUCCAAGGAUGGGACCUUCUGUGGAAAACCAUGGGAGAAGUUCUUGCUGGACUUGGGCAUUCACGAAAGUGACUUGUGGAGAUCAGUAGGUGGUCAGGAAAAGUGCUUGUGGAAUGCAAAAAUAUUCCCUAUCAUCCCUUACAGUGAGAUGCUCUCUUUGGCUGCAUGGUUGAUGGGCUUGAGCAAUCAAAAAACAGGAUAUAUGCUUCCCUUAUGGAGAAGUUCACACCGCGUUAGUUUAGAAGAGUUGCAUAGAUCAAUAGACUUUUCAAAAAUGUGUGUUGGGUCUAGUAAUCAUCAGGCAGACCUUGCUACUGGAAUUGCAAAAGCUUGCAUCGACUUUGGCAUAGUAGGACGCAACUUAUCUCAAUUGUGUGAAGAAAUUCUCCAAAAAGAAAAACCAGGAGUUGAUAUAUGUAAGAACUUACUAGAUCUCUGUCCCAAACUUCAAGAGAAGAACUCUAUGAUUCUUUCCAAAAGCCGAGCAUAUCAAGUGCAAGUUGAUCUUCUUCGAGCAUGCAAAGAUGAAAUAGCAGCUUGUGAAUUGGAGCACAAGGUUUGGGCCGCUGUUGCUGAUGAAACUGCCUCUGCUGUGAAAUAUGGUUUUGGAGGGCAUCUCUUGGCGUCGCCCAACAGCAGCUCAGUAAACAAUAACCUUGACGGCCAUGUGGAUCAGCCUCUCCACCAUAAGCGGGUAAAAGUUGAGUUACCAGUUCGGGUAGAUUUUGUUGGGGGCUGGAGCGAUACGCCUCCUUGGAGCUUGGAGCGUCCUGGUUGUGUUCUGAACAUGGCAAUCAGUUUGGAAGGUUCCCUUCCUAUUGGCACCAUCAUAGAGACAACUGAAACAAGCGGAGUGUCAAUUAGUGAUGAUUCUGGAAACGAAUUAUACAUUGAAGAUGUUUCAUCUAUUUCUACUCCCUUUGAUAGCAAUGAUCCUUUUAGGCUAGUCAAAUCUGCAUUGCUUGUGACUGGUGUUAUUCACGGCCAUGUACUUGGAUCCAUGGGUUUGCAAAUCAAGACAUGGGCCAAAGUCCCCCGUGGUAGUGGUUUGGGGACUUCCAGCAUCUUGGCAGCCGCUGUUGUGAAAGCUCUUCUUCAGAUAAUUGAUGGAGACAUGAGCAAUGAAAAUGUUGCUAGACUUGUUUUAGUAUUAGAGCAGCUCAUGGGGACAGGAGGUGGCUGGCAGGAUCAAAUCGGAGGUUUGUACCCGGGAAUUAAAUUUACUGCCAGUUUUCCUGGAAUACCAUUACGACUCCAAGUUAUCCCGCUUCUUGCUACUCCUCAGUUGACCAUGGUGUUAGAGCAGCGGUUGCUUGUGGUAUUUACUGGUCAAGUUAGACUUGCGCAUCAAGUCCUCCAGAAAGUGGUUACUCGCUAUCUUAGACGGGAUAAUCUUCUUGUAUCCAGUGUUAAGCGCCUGGCCGAACUUGCAAAGAUAGGAAGGGAAGCUUUAAUGAAUUGUGAAAUAGACGAGUUAGGAGAUAUAAUGUUGGAGGCAUGGAGAUUGCAUCAGGAACUGGAUCCCUACUGCAGCAACGAAUUUGUUGACAGGCUCUUUGCAUUUUCCGAACCCUACUGCAGCGGUUAUAAGCUUGUGGGUGCUGGUGGUGGAGGGUUUGCACUGCUACUUUCUAAGGAUGCCGACAGUGCAAAAGAGCUUAGAUAUAAACUAGAGCAAGAUUCAAACUUCGAUGUGAAAGUAUAUGAUUGGAACAUCUCUUUGGUAUAGUCAUCGCAAUGGUAUUAUCCAUUUAUACGCAGCCUCACAGAGCAUACAGGGCGAACUAUUCUUUAGCCUUUUACAUCAUCCAUUUGUAAUCUGUAAAUCUUGAAUAUGACCUUAAUUUUUCUCCCCUUGCUUGGUAGUCAUAUAGAUUCUUUGUUGUUGUCCUAUCAUUCUUGUACAAUAAGUCUGUAGAAUAAAGGCUGCUUAAGCUGAAUAAGAUCGAACAAUAUGGUUGCUCUCGUAACCCUUUCUUUCGA